GAGGAACUAAAUUUGUGGUCUGUUUUACCUUUUUGACGUCUUUCGUGAAUGAACAAUCAACGAAGAAGACUCAUAAUAAUGUUCAAUUGUUGAAGUAUUAACGAACACGUAAAUUGUUAUGAUAAACGAUAACUAUAAUGUUUUCUAUGUUGCAAGUCCUUACUGAUAUCAGUAAAUCUGAUAACAGAGUGUUAUAGUCGGUGACAAUUGUUGAAACAAAGAUAUUUUGUUCUGAUGUCAAAUUGUAUUGAUUGUUAUACAUUUUAUGGUUUUCAUACGAAAACACGAUAUCCAGGUUUAAAACGAAUUAUACGAAAUGGAGUUACGAAAUCGCAGAUCUAUUUUGUCUCAAAAAAAUUUGUCGCAAUCGAGCAAUAAUAGACAAAGCAACGAUGGUAUCAGUUUUUCUCAACCCAUUCCGAGUACUAGCAGGCGUACUAGGGGAAGCAUAAAUUUCAGUCAACGAUUAGACGAAUCUCCGAAACGGAUGCUUUCCGAAGAUCAAAACGAACUUGUUAAUAGCCUUAUAAGAUACCUUUUGGUUUUAGACAGGGAAAAACAAGUUGUCAGUAAGGCUCAUUUAGUCAAGAAUGUUUUUAAUAACGGAGGACGGCAGUUUCAUCCGACAUUGAACAAAGCUAAAAUUCUUUUGUCAAAGAUUUUUGGAUAUCAAUUGGUAGAACUGCCAGGUAACAAAUAUAUCCUAGUAAACGAAAUACGAAACGAAAUACCACAUAUUUAUCCUACUGCAGAAGAAGGUAGGCAACAAGUACUGCUAUUUAUGGUGCUCACACAUAUCUUUAUGCAAGAAGAAUCCUGUACUGAAGAAACACUAUGGAGUUUCCUUACAAAUUUAGAAAUUCUGCGUUCCGAUAAUCAAGAUCACGAUUACUUUGGCAAUGUUAAGCAAUUGAUAACCGAGGUCUUCGUCGCUCAAAGGUAUCUCGAAAAAGUGGUUACGAAUUCAAACGAUGCAAUUGAAUAUAAAUGGGGACCUCGAGCUGAACACGAGUUUUCUCGACGUUCAGCCUUAGAAUUCGUAUCUGAGAUUUACUGUGGACGGGAAAUAAAGAGCUGGGCAUUACAGUAUAAAACCUUACUGGCCCGCGAACAGGCUAAGAAAUCCCAGUAACUCGUUACAUCGAGCAAACCAAACCAAUUACACUGGCCGUCGUUACGUUCGAGUGAAUAGUAUAAUAAGAAAUACUUCUUUCCAGGUGUAAAACACGAAACGAAUCCUAUUAUUGUGGGAUCAGGACCUAAGCUAACCCAAUAAUGAAAGGAAUCGUGAAAGUAGGGACCAAUGAUGUCGCGUAACGAAUAAAAUAGCCGGCUAACAGCGCAGAAAAGUCCUAGGUUUCAUCGAUUCUCACAUUAUUGAUACUGUUUACAAAGCUUACAAAGAACUAAAACAAAUGGAAAUUGAAGAUUUUUAAUUGACAAAAGCUGUGUCGAACGCGAUCGUCGCUCCUGUCCCACCGAGCAAUCGUUCCGUCAAAUUUUGUUCAAAUGUCCCUGAGAGCAGCCGUAAAACUGCGAAGCAAGAUUAAAGCUUGCACGCGGUCUUCGAGUUCAGUAGGAGGGUCAGAAAGAAUCUGAAACGUUCGGUUGCCCUAGUUUUAAUUAAAUCUAAUCGGAUUCAUAUUUUCUUACUUUUAACGUUACGUUACACAACGCGAUGAACAAUAAGAAUUGGAAUAACUAUUGUAUCGCAGCGUUACAAAUGUUGGCACGUAAUUGUCCAGGCUACGAUUUUCUUAAUAAACUGCUGCGUUCGAUUAACAUACGCUAAUUCGA